AUGGGGGCCCAGCAGAGGAAGAAGCCCUGGACAGGUGGGAGCUCCUCCCUGCGGGUGGGUGGCUCUGCAGGCUGGCCUGCCGCUCAGCUCGGCCUCUCCGUCGGCUUCUUCCUGGUGGAGGUGGCAGCCAGCCGAAUGACGGGGUCCCUGCUUCUGCUCUCGUCUGCCUUCCACACCCUAGCAGGCGCCCUGGCACUAGCAGUGGCCUUGGCGGAUGCCUGGCUGGCUGCUGAAAGACCCUCCAGAGCGAGGAACACCUUUGGCUGGGCCCGGGCCCGGACUGUCGGCACGCUGGUUGGCACCGUCUUCUUGAGCGCCUUGUGCCUCGCUCUGGUGCCCGAGGCGCUUCGCCGGGCAGCUGAUCCUCGGGCCACGGAGCACAUGCUGGCGCUGAUGGGCAUCGGGGCCGUGGGGAUCCCCAUCCACCUGGCCAGAGCAGGGUUGCAGGAGGGGCGUCCCCAAGUUCCAGGCACCAGACACUGCUGUAGCAGGACGAAGGUUAUCCAAGCAGGGGGUUGCGCCCAGGAGAUGGAAGACCUGCUGGGGAACGGAUCCUCCACAAACGGACGGCGUUGGAUGGAGGAGGAAGACAGGGAAGAGGGCACCUUGCUGACUGCGGAGAAACCCGGGCAGUGGCAGGCGCUUUGCCGUGGCUGGGGGAUGGCUUGCUUGGGCCCUGUGGCCGUCCUGCUGUAUUCUCUUGCUUUCCACCUGCUGCGUCUGGGUCACGCCACCUGCUUCCAUCACUGCUCCAAGUCCCCAUGUUGGCCCUGGGGUGCUCCUGAGCCGUCGCAGCGCGAACGAGCCCCUUGUUGGCUGCUCUACCUGGACCCCGGGCUGGCUGUGACUGUGGCCGUGGCUCUGCUGCGCGUGGUGUGGCCCACCGUGCGUGGCUCAGCCCUGGUGCUCCUGCAGGCCGUGCCGGAGGAACUGGACCUCCGGCUGCUGGAGCGGCACCUGCGGGCCACAGAAGGGGUGGCAGCAUUGCUGGAGCUCCACGUGUGGCAGCUGGACGGCCACGGCAGCUUGGUGGCCAUGGCCCACGUGGCCUGCCUCGACGUGGCGGCUUACGAGGCCGUGAUAAACAGGGUCCGGCGGGUGUUCUGCGAGCACGGCGUCCACGACGCCACGGUGCAGCCAGGCCUCGGCACUUGCCCAGGUGGGGAGUGCCACAAACGGUGGGGCGAAGCGUCACACAAGAGGGGGCCAGCAACCAGCCCUGCCGUGAUCAUGGAGUACGAGACCACGGUGUGA